UCAACUGGCAUGUAGUUUAAAAAAAAAAAAAAAACAGGAUAAACAGCAGCUCACUGUCUGUGGAGGGCAGCGUUACGCUGUGUAGUUUAGAGCCUCAGGAGAAGAAUGAGAAGCCGGAGGGGAUAGGUUAGUCCUAGUCCAGCUCCGUCUGUAUCCAUCCUGGUAGAUUUAACAAGUCAAAGUGUCAUGCCAGUCCCAGCAAUGGCAGAGCCCGUGGUUGAUCACCAAAAACGGUUUCAGGCUGCUGUGGAUCUCAUCCAUAACCUCCCCAAAAAUGGCUCCUAUCGGCCGUCCUAUGAAGUGAUGCUACGUUUCUACAGUCUGUACAAGCAGGCUGUGUGUGGACCCUGUACAGUGCCCCGACCCGGCUUCUGGGACCCUGUGGGUCGCUACAAAUGGGAUGCCUGGAGCCGCCUGGGAGAGAUGAGCAGUGAGAGUGCCAUGGCAGUGUAUGUGGAAGAGAUGAAGAAAGUAGCUCAGGAGGUCAUCGACACUAUGCCCAUGAAUGAGAAGACGGCCUCGCUCUUCCACCACUUCGAGCCUCUCUACCUGGUGAUUGAUGAUAUGCCGCGGCCUCCAGGGUCACUGCUCACACUUAGCGAAGGUCUUAAGGGCAGUGGGCAUGCCGGCAGGCCAAGCGAAAAUGUGAGGAAGUGUGAGGAUGAGGAGCAGGAGGUGCCUAAAGAAGAUUCCUCACUUCCAGAGGAUGCAGACCAGGAGUUCAGUCUGGCUGAGGUUAUAGACCUCACUGCCAACACCAUCCCUAAUGCUGCUGCAGACUCUGGAGUGUCCGAGUGUUUGGUGUUAACCAGUGACUCAGAGAGUGAGAUCUUCUGUGAUUCUGUGGAUUCAGUGGAGCAACUCGGUAACAUCAAGAUUCCGGUAGUCAAGUCCAACAGUUUUCAGAAUGGCCACGUGUCCUCGGAGUCAUCUCCCUGUCUGGAGGCCCGACAGGUAGGAGCAGGUCAAGGUGGAGAGGGAGCAGACGACAGGAAGGGUCAGGGUCCCAUCAGCAGGAGGCGAGACAGUGGGCGGGAGGGUUACUACCACAACUGGAUAGAACGCGGUGUUCCUCAGGGCAGUCCGAGGUGGGGGGCCCCAGGUGGCGGUGGUGGGGGAGCAGGACGAGGAGGAGGGGAUGGUUCAGAAGGUGGGGCAGAGAGGUUCCAUGACACUCAGUUACAGCAGCAGAUCAUCGUAGCCCUACAGCGGCUCAGAGAGGACAUGAGGAGUGUGAUGGACAGGCUGGAGGUGGUGGAGAGGCUCGCUGCCACACAUGCUCAGGGUUCAGAGUGGAGACCCUGUCUGCAGUGUGCAGCCACAGCUUCACAUCAACAGGAGGAGAGGUGGUGGCCUUUUGACAUCUCUGGUCAGACCGUCCUUCUCUUCCUGGUGUGGCCAUUUGUUGCUCAGGGUCUUGUCUACCUGUUGAGGAAAGCCCAGAAGAGAAGUCGUGUUUCUUCGUGAGGUGAGCUGUAGAAGACACUCAACCAUCAGCCACAGUGAUCUGUCAGUGCAAGAAGUUACAUCUCUACUUCAGAAAGCACUGACUCUAAUAUGAAUCAUGAGAAGACAUCCUCCACCCUCCUUCUGUGCAUGGGAGGAGGGAGAGAACUGUUUGUUUCAAAGACAAAUGUGUCUGGUUUUAUUGCACACCUCAGGAUCCAGAAAUCCUCUCACUCACCACAGCAAAUGAAUCUUAAUUUAAACUAUUCUAGUUGAUUCAUCUGCUGGCUUGUGUUGAGCUGCAGGAAUCAGACACUUAACAUGAUACUGUCUUAAUCAAACCUGGAGAAGUUCUUAUACUGAUCAUGAGGUGCCUGAAUUAAAGAUUUAGGAUUAAGUCAGUGAGACCUAAUUUGUGUUCAUCUGAUUCCUUUUCUUCUGGUUUUUUUCUUCAUAAGCUCAACAUCUUUACAAUAUACAGAAUAUUAACAAAAUAUUACCAAAAUAAAAUAAGUGUCCAAUGAGGGAAGUCAGAUUUUGAAUUUAACACACAGAAAUUGGAGUAAUGUCACUGUCUGAAAUGUCUACAACAAUAUUAAAGUAAACUGUGAA